AUGUCCGACUCAGAACAACAAAUCGAUCCUAGUUUGAUUGAUCAACAAACAAUGGAGUCUAUCGAUCAACAAACAGACAAAUCCGAUCUUACCGACCCAGAAACAGUCGAGGCGGAUCCAGCUGUUCAACCAAUAAUCGAGUCCGAUAUCAUUGAUAACAAUUCCAGCAAUGAUACCGACGAUUCAGGAAACGAAUCCCCACAACAACAACAACAACAACAAGGACCUAUGAUUCAGGACUUGGGUCCUGAGAAUGAGAUUCAUGAAGAGCAAGGUCCAGGACAGGAAUAUCAGGUUGAAGAACCAGGCGAAGGACCGUCGGUUGUUCACCAACCGUCACAACAGGUGGUUCAACAACUCACAGCAGCACAAGGUGGACAAGCAGGCAAUGUCGUUAUAAAACACAUUCACCAUCAUCGCACACUGCAUUACCAUGUCGCCCCGGUUUAUCAAGGCUCAGUAAUAAAAGGAGACAUCGUGGGGUCGAAAGCUCAAGUAAAAGACGCAACAAUUGGAUCUAUUGGUGGGUCACAACCUCCAGCGAUCGGUGGCCCAGAGGGACAAGCAGCCCUAGCCUGGCUUGGUGAAGGAGCAUCUGGUAGUUCUCAGGUACCUGCAAUAGGUGGUCCCGAACAACGACCUGCUUUACCUUGGCAUGGAGAAGGAGAAAGACAAGCGCUCCAUCCUGGUGUCAAUCAACCUCUCGCAUUGCCCGCCCCAGAAGCGCAGAUAACUUCAUCAGGGAACGAACAGCUUGAGGGGAUUGAGGCGACAGUGCCAACCAACGAACCAGAAAUAUUAGAUUCAAUAAAGCCGAAGAAAAAAUCAAAGAAAAGGGAAAACAGAGAAGGUUCCAGCCGAGAUCCAGUUUCUAUGCCUUCAAAACGUCCAUAUGUGGAUAGAAGUUGUGUUGACGAAAAAACAUUAAAUCCGAACGUAACGACAUCUAAAGUAAUUGGAAUCCCCACUGCAUCAAAUCCAGAAAUACCAGAAGCUUUUCCAACUGAACCUUCAGAUAGACGAGAUACAAACGUAGCAUCUGGAGCAAAACCCAAUACAGCAAAUCAACAGAUUCGACCAACAGCUGGACAGAUAGGACCAAGAGAUUCUCUGCCGCAUCCAGAGCAGACUGAAACGGUGGAUUCCAGGGACAGUCAAUCAGCUCUGGAUCCCUCUGUAAGUUCGGCCAUUCAUGAACCGCUUAUACCAGAACCACGGGCAUCACUUUCAACAAACGAACAAUUACUAGAGAGAGUGACGCAAUUACCAUCUAAUGUGCAACCGCCGAUCUCAACAAAGCUGAAAAAACGACCAAGCAAAAAAGAUCGACCAUCAGUGCGAUUUUCAUCCCAACAUGAAGUCGAGGAGAGAAGUUUUGUUGGUGAAGAUACCGAUGUAACUAUUCCUAAAGCUAUUGGCGCCGGUAUGGAAGACAGAUAUUUGCCAGAACAAGAUGAAACAACUGAAUAUGAAACGUCUGAAGAUAGCGACAGCGACAGCGAACUAUCAAACAUUAUCAGAAAUCUUAUCGAAUAUCAAAAAGGUGGAUCUGUUAAAAAGUCAGAAAGAAAAAAGGGAAGAAAAAAGUCUAGGGAUGCCAGAUUUUUGUCCGGCGUGAAUGAAGCAAGCGGGAGUGGCGAUUGCGAGGAAUCGAUGUAUGGGAUUGAUCCUGCAAAAGAAAGCGAGGGUGAGAGAGAAUUAUCCAGCAUUGCCAAAGACCUCAUGGCCUACAUAACACAUAAAACUAACCCAAAGUUUUCAAGACAGAUAGAGGAAAGUUAUUUUGAAGACCGAUCCUUCACCAACAAUUCCUCGCAAGAGUGCCACGUCAACCUCGAACGUGAAAGAGACGGAAUGAACCCAACAGAUCAGACACAACCGAGUGGUAGAGAAUUUCCUGUAAAGAAACGCGACACAAGUGACAAACAUUUACAAACAGAUGAUCCAGACUAUAAUAAAGAAUAUGAGACUUCUGUCUUGAAAAUGACUGAGAUUUUCAAGAAAGAACGGGAUAUACAAACAUCAAAUGAGCUUAAUUAUCUCUUGCCUUUCAUUGAAAUUUUCUGGACUAAGAUUUUAUUUAAAAUGACAAUGGCUGGUUACAAUCGUCCAUCCGGGGCUCCGGAAAAACUAUGGUCAAAUUUCACAGAUGAAAUUAUUUGUGAUCGAGGUUCAGAAAUAACAAUGAAACCGUACAUUUCAAAAAUAAAAGACGUCAUGAAACUAGGCGAAGAAUUCAUUUCCAGCGGUAAAUACAUUCAUGCUGUAGUUGCGUUCUAUGCAGCUGCUAAACUUCAUCGACAAAGCGGAAAAGGCAACGAAUCAGUGAAAGGUAUAUGGACUUGCUUCGAUAGAGCUGGGUUUGUUGCCGAAAAAAUGCAAAAAUCUGUGCAAACUGCACAUGUUGCUCUGAAUCACGUGAUUCCAAUUAUGCAUGAAAUGACUGACUUUCUGAUGCCUAUUCACAGUCAAAGUCAAUUUGCAGAAGAACUGGAAACUAACUCAAAAAAAUUUGUCGAAGAGAAGAAACUCAUUUCAGCCACAGUCACAUUGUAUAUCGCAGCCAAACUGCACAAAGAGACAAAUGAAGGUGAUGACUCAGCUCAUGGUGUUCUGUCAUGCAUUGAACAAAUAAGCUUAGUCAUGGAAGAAAUGAUGGAACAGAAACAAUCAAAAACCCUAAGUCAUGUGAUAUCACUCAUUACUGAAAUGAUAGAUUUCAUUGGAACGAUUGAAAUAUCAAACUACAGUCAGUUUACCAAUGAAAUAGAAAGCAAAGCCGAAGAAUUCGAUUCAGAAGAAAAGUUCAUUCCAUCUGUAGUUUCAUCCUACGUCGCUGCUAAACUACAUGGACUUAAUAAUAAAGGAGAUCAAUCGGUGAGAAAAAUUCAUCAAUCUGCUUUCCAAAUACAACUCGUCGUUGAAAAGAUGACAAAACAACUUCCAAUGAAAAAGAUUGUCAUAGAUCACGUGAUACCACUUAUGCAUGAAUUGUUAGGGAUAUUGCGAACGAUAAAAGCUUUGACUCAAAAAGUCGGAGUAGAGCAGGAGGCUUGGUGUUUACUUCGCAUCGGUUGUUGCUACGGUUACUGCGAUGAACAUCAAGAAUCUGCGAACAUAAACCAUUCCGCAAUUAUACUUAUAGAAAGACAACUUGAAGAACCUCAAACAUAUCGAAUAUAUGGACAUUGUCUCCUUAAUGCAGGAUAUGCGUAUGAUAGAAUGGGAAAUAUAGAGAAAGCGAUUGAAUUGUAUAAAAUGUCGCUGAAAGCAUUUGCGAAUGCUGAAGAUUAUCCAAGUGAUAAAGUUAAGAAUGACGAUAUUGAAUUAACAAGAAAGAAUUUGAGAAGAGCUAAAUCUAUGUUGCCCAAAUAG